AGGAGAUCCCGGAGGCAGAUUUACGGACCGGACGUUCGCUUUUCUAUCAGUCGUCCGUUUCUGAGGGACUUCCCUUUUGCGUCCGCCGUCCGCGUGUCCACGGGUUGCACCGGCGUGCUGGUGACGGAACGCCACGUCCUGACGGCGGCUCACUGCAUCCACGAUGGUCAGGACUACGUCCAAGGAGCACGUAAGCUGAGCGUUGGCUUCCUGAGGCCAGGAGCCCAGCCGGUCCUGCGUUGGGUACGCGUGAAAAGCACCCGGUUACCCCGAGCGUGGAUCGGGGCCCCGACGGAACUGAGUAUGGAUUACGACUACGCUUUGCUGGAACUUCGGCGCGCACAGCCGCGCCCUUACAUGGACCUAGCGGCUUCUCCUCCGUUGAGGGAUCUUGCUGGAAGACGCGUCCACUUCUCGGGAUUUGACAGCGACCGGCCUGGGGAGCUGGUCUACCGAUCGUGCAGGGUGCAGGAGCAGACGACGCAUCUGCUGUACCAGCACUGUGAUGCCCGUCCCGGGGCCAGCGGCUCGGGGGUUUAUGGGAGAUUGCGGCAUGGUGGCCGCUGGAAGAGGAAAGUCAUCGGGGUCUUCUCUGGGCACCAGUGGGUGGAAGUGUCCGGAGAGCCCAGAGAAUAUAAUGUUGCCGUCAGGUUGACUCCUCCCAAAUAUGCUCAGAUUUGCUAUUGGAUACGCAAGGCCAAUGGAAGUUGCCACGAUGAAUGA